AUGAGAGAGAGACUAAAGACAAGCAUCCAUGUGAACUUAGUCUUCUAUCUUAUCUUGGGUUUGAUUGGGCUUGUUGGACUUAUUUUGCUCAUAAUGAUGCGAAAUGACUGGAGUGGAGGCGUACUAGGUCUGGCCAUGGCAUGUUCAAAUACUUUUGGACUUGUUACUGGUGCAUUUCUACUUGGUUUUGGGUUGAGUGAGAUUCCAAAGACUAUUUGGAGAAAUGCUGACUGGACCACUCGCCAAAAGGUUCUUUCCCAUAAAAUUGCCAAAAUGGCUGUGAAGCUUGAUGUGGCUCAUCAAGAGUUAUCAAAAGUGAUAGCUGUGGCUCAGGAAACAUCCAAACAAAUGUCCAAGCGUGAUCCAUUUAGGCCCUACAUGAAUAUUAUCGAUGAUAUGAUAUAUCAAAUGUUACAUGAAGAUCCAUCCUUCAAACCAGAAGGAGGGUGUUUAGGGGAUAAUGAUAUGGAUUAUGAUACAGAUGAAAAGACUAUGGCAACAUUGAGGCGCCAUUUAAGAGAAGCUCGUGAGGAAUAUUAUCGAUAUAAAAGUCAGUAUUUGACAUAUGUUAUCGAAGCCCUGAAAUUAGAAGACACCAUAAAGAAUUAUGAACUACGUGAUGAGACCAGGUGGAAAUACAUUUCAAGCUUCAGACCUGGGCGGAGUGGCACAUUAGGAGGCUAUCUUGAUACAAUGGAAUUAAUAUGGCGAUGCAUUGUGUGGAGGCAUCUGGAGAAAGUGUUUGCUGUGAUUCUUGGGUGCAUGUCAGCAGCAAUUCUCUUGGCCGAGGCAACUCUCUUGCCUAGUGGUCUUCAUCUAUCUGUUUUUUCCCUUUUGAUCAACUCUAUUGGAACACAAGAUAUGCUUGUACAGGUUGUUGCAUUUGUUCCACUUUUCUACAUGUGCAUUUGUACAUACUACUCACUAUUCAAAAUUGGUAUGCUGACAUUUUAUUCAUUUACACCAAGACACACAAGCUCCGUUAGCUUGCUUAUGAUAUGCUCGAUGGUUGCACGCUAUGCCCCUCCAAUUUCCUUCAACUUUCUCAAUCUCAUUCGUCUUGAUGGGAAGAAGACCAUCUUUGAGGAGAGGAUGGGAAAUAUCGACAAUGCGGUGCCUUUCUUUGGGAAAGGAUUCAACAAAUUAUAUCCACUUAUUAUGGUUGUAUAUACGAUCCUGGUUGCAAGUGGUUUCUUUCACAACAUAAUAAAUUUUGUUGGAAAAUGGAAGAGGAUCGCAUUACAAAAUGAAGAAGAAGAUGAUCUUGAUGGUGUUGAUCCAUCAGGAUUAAUUAUUCUGCAAAAAGAGCGUGCUUGGUUGGAACAAGGGCACAGAAUUGGUGAGGAGGCUGUUCCAUUGGCAAGAGAUUUCAGAGAUACAAGCGUGGAGAUAGAAUCGGGAAACAGUAGCAGCAUGGGUAGAUAUGAGGUUAAAUCGAAGCUGCUAUCAUCCGAAAGUUCAUCUAGACAUCAACGGAGCCGAGAAGCCAUUACUAGCAAGUAUGCUGCCAUCAGGGAACAAACCAGACAAACUUCCAAUCAUAACAUUAACAACAACAUAUCAUCAACCAAAGUCUCCUUGCUUGAUGCCAACACCAUUACAGGAUCACCAUCAUCUUCAAAACUAUCAUCAACAUGGUCGUCAAUGAAAUCAGGCCUUCAAAAUUGGAAAUUAAACAUAAAUUCUAAACAGUACAUUCCCUUGCUUCAAGUUGAUGAUUCCAAGUCUUCUUCUGAUUCCCUGGAUGAAAUCUUCAAUAAACUUAAACGACCCGUUGUUGAAGACCCAGAUGCAUGUGAUUAGCUUCAUAAAACAUACUUCUAAUCGAUUAAAAAAACUUCAUUAGAUGUACAUGUUUUAGAAAUGUUGUAUCCAAAGGUUAUUUCACAG